AUGUUCGAGGAAGUAGCCAACCAGCCGGCGCCGCUUCCUUCCUCGCCGCAGCCAGCCGUGGCCAUGUCCUCCUCGUCGGUGCCACGCGCGUGCGGCUGGGAGAUCGCGCUCGCGCCCGGGGGCUUCUUUACGGAGGCGGAGCUGGCGGCGGCGGACCAGCUCGUGCAGCUCAGCUUCAACAGCGGCGGCGGCGGAGGGGACGAGGAGUCGUCGUCACCGCGGUCGGUGAACACGUGCACGGGCACCGCGGCGUGGGAGGCGGGAGAGGAUAUGGUAGUCGGUGGGCUGGGCGUCGAGCUGGACAGGAGGGCGAGGAAGAGGUACCGGCUGCUGUCGGAGCUCUACGCAGCCACGAGGCCGGUGAGGGGCUCCGCUGCCAGCUCCAGGAAGAGGAAGCGGGACUACAAGCCGGAGGCGGCGAUGGUGAAGUAUGGAGAGGAACAUGAUGGUGAGAGAUGGGAGUGAAGGGCUUUUGUGUAAUUACCUAGAAAUGUAGGGGCGUUUUGCGAUGCCAGUCCUUUUGCUUUUCAAAGAAGAAUGGGAAGGGGAACAAGACAAGAAACUAAAGCUAGCUUGUACAGGAAUUUGGUAGUGCUGAUACUACGUUUUGAAUUCGAAUUCGAAUCUGAACUGGCUCAGCCAGAUAUUUCCCGGUU